UUUUACCUACCAUAUAACCCCUCCUACCAUGCGUACCAACCGGCUGAAUUUCCUCAGCAGUAUUAUGGUAUGAGGUCCUCGCCCAUAGAAAUGAUGGCACCACAAUUUGCUCCUGCUCCUCCGCUGCGGUCGGAUUCUCCUGCGAGUUCCACCAGUGAAGAGUUAUCAAGCACUGCGCCAAAGAAAAAAAACAGUCGAUGGACUGAAACGGAGGAAAAAAUUCUCAUCGAGUUGCUCGGUGAUAACAAAGAGAAGCUUUGCUAUAAAGCAUACAAUUCGCCAGAAUGGGAAUCUAUUGCAACUCAACUACACGAGAGAUGCCGGCGAGACACGUUUCAAGCGACAAGACGGCGCAACAAUGUAAAACUAAAAUGA